AUGUACAUUUGCAUCCGCCGGUGCCCCUAUUUUGGCUCCAAGUUGGCUGGUGGGUGCGCAUGGGUUUGGUAUGCCCGGCAGCCGGGAACCGCCGAAGAGCACCUGCCCUCUACACCAUCAGAGAGCGGCUGGAUCCUAGGGAAGGAAGCCAUUGCAAAACGUGAUAUACCGUGGACCGUGCUAUUCAGGGCAGCAGAAGGCAUGAGCCAGAGCAUCGACGAGGUGCUGCUGGGCACGCCUGCGCGAGGAACCGGCGGAGGCGAUGAGGAAGGAGAAGGGGAGGGGGACAAAUUUGUCCGUCAGUUGUUCGAGAGCCUGCUGCUGGGGACGAGGGCAUCGAACGCCAUUCCCGACGGAGAGGGCCAAGAGGAUUACGCGUACAACGCCACUUUCCCCGAGUUCAGGUCGAGGGCGGAGGGCUGCGGAAAGCAGGUGCUGGAGGUGAUCCAGAUCUUCCUCAACCACGUCAGUCAGGAGGGGGAGCUCGGCCUGCCGGAAGUCGGCGACGCGGCAGACCCCGAAGUUUUUCAGGGCAUCGCAGACGUUGUGGAAACCUUGCUGGAGGAUGUGGACUCUUAUCUCGACGAGGCCGCCGGAAAAGGCGCAAAUCAGCAGGUGGCCCUCAUGCGGCACCAGCUCAAGACGGUGGCGUCCGCGGCUCGCAGCGGCCCCGCCAAGUACGCUUCGAUGGUGUCCAACGUGGUGGACAUGCCCAAGCCCCAGGAGGCGUUCCAGGAGGAGAUCGACAACAGCAGGGAUACCCCGUUCGUGCCGAAGCUCAGGGAGAAGCCCAACGCCGUCACUCCCCUGGACCUGGCCCCGAUUUCUUCGCUUUCCACUUCAAUGGGCAUGGAGCUAGAGGGUAGAGUGGAGGACUCUAUGUCAGGGUCCGGCUUAUUGGACUUUCACUACCCGCAUCCCUACGAGGUGGAGAUCAGGGCGUUCCACUACAUGCCGGCACAGGUGAAGGCCCCGUUAGCUUCGCAGCUCGUCCGGCCGGUCCCGUUAGUCGGUGACGAAGGCCACAAAGCCCCGGCGGCCACCUUCGUCGACACGGUGGAAGCGCUGGACUCCAUGAUCUCCGACAUCCUCGGAGAUGGCGUUCCUGGCGGCGGCGGAGGAGGAGGCGGUAGCAGCUCCGGCAGCGACGACGAGGGCGGGGGGGGUGGUCGCGUCAGGGAGGCGUGCCGAGAGAUCGCAGUGGACCUCGAGCACCACUCCUUCAGAACGUUUCUGGGAGUGGUCUGCCUGAUGCAGCUGUCCACGAGAGAACGCGACUACAUCGUUGACCCUCUCAAGCUACGAGGGGAGAUGGGAAGGCUGCUGCCGGUCUUCUCCGACCCCAAGAUCGUCAAGGUGUUCCACGGGUCUGACUCGGACGCGCUGUGGCUGCAGCGCGACCUGGGUCUGUACCUGGUCAACAUGUUCGACACCGGCCAGGCGGCGCGUCAGCUUGGGCUUCCGUCGUUCGGUUUGGCCCACCUCCUGGAGAAGUUUUGUGAUUUUGUCCCCGACAAGAAGCACCAGCUGAGCGACUGGCGCAUGCGCCCCCUGCCGGCCGAUAUGCUCCUCUACGCACAGUCAGACACGCACUACCUCCUGUACGUGUACGACCGCCUGAGGAUCGACCUGGAGCGCAGCGGCGGAGACGUGGCCGUCAAGGCCGUCCUGGAUGCCUCCCGCGAGAUCUGCCUGAGGCGUUACGAGAAGCCGGCGUUCCGGGAGAAGGGUUGGUCGGAGGUGCUGAAGCGGCAGGGGGGCAACGGGGUGCUGGAUAACUUCGGGGACGUGCCGCGGAGGGUGCUGUCUGCCUUGUGGAACUGGAGGGACAUGAUUGCCCGCGCUGAAGACGAGUCCUACGGCUACGUCAUGUCCGCGUACGUCAUGAUCCGGGUGGCGAGGAAGUGCCCGUCCAACCGCGACGAGCUCGAGGGCUGCGGCAACCCCCUCCCACGCCUAGUGCAGCAGCACGCCGAGGACAUAUUGGAGAUGGUGGAGAACGCCAAGGACGAGACGGCGGGGUCCACGGGCGCGACAACGCCUCUCAACCCCCGCACGCCAACGGGCGCCGGCGCGAGGCCAACCGGCAGCAGCGUUCUGGGGGUCGGCGGCGGCGGCGGUGGCAGCAGCAGCUCAGGGAGGAGGCCAGGGUCGUCGACGCUGGGCGGGGAUGGAGGCGCAUCGUCGUCGUCCUCCAUCGGCAGGAGCAGGACUACCUUUAACCCGGUUUCUUCCGCGGAGCCUUACUUCCGGCCGUUCAACGUGACGCCUUCGUCGGUGAGCCAGUUCGUUCUCGCGGAGGCGUCGCGGGGGUCCCCGUCCCCGCUCCUCACCCACCAGUCCCCGGUCCUCAACACGGAGGAGCUCUACCGCGCCGCCGGCUGGAUGACUCCGCUCCCGAAAGACUCUUCCCACAGGGACGGUGCCGGCGCUGGCGACACCGACGAGGACGAGGUCAUGGGGGACGCCGGAAAAGGCGCCGCUACCGCGGGGCGGUUAGCGGUGGUCUCGGCCAAGAACGAACAGCACGACACUUCCCAGCGGAUGGCGCACUCGCUUGCCCUCGGCAGCAGCGGGGCCGGCGGCGGCGGCGGCGGUGCGGCGGCGGCGGCAGCAGCGACGGCUGCCGGGGUUGUCGCGAAGGAGGCGGAGGUGGUGGCGGCGGCAGCGGACGCGGGCGUGCGGACGGCCGAUCGCAUCCGCGACGAGAUCGCCCGCGAGCCAGUGCUUUCGCUUGCCAACCUGGCCGGCUUCGGGGGGGAGCCUGGCGCGGACGAGGGCGGCGGCGGCGGCGGCAGUCGUGGCAGCGGCAGCGAUGCGGGGGGCGGUAGCAGCAGUGGGGAGGAGGCUGGCGGAGACCCAGGGGGCGAGGACAGCGCAGAAGAACCUGGCAUUCCCAAGAGCAUCGCCGAGAUCUAUGAGAUAUCCAACCGCAACCGGCGUCGCAACAAGGAGAAGAAAAAGCUGCGCGAGACGGCUCCAGACGCCACCUCCAACAGCCCGUCGCGAACGAAGCAGCUACAGUCGCAGCCCGAGGCCGGCCGACGUGCAGGCACUGACACAGCAGCGGUGGGAGCGGGCGGUCCCGCGGCAAGCGCUGCCGACGCGGAGAGAGGCGCGUCAGCGACCGGCCCUGCCGCGAACUAUUUCUCCGGGAGAAAACGGCAGAAGGGAGACUUGGGUGCUGGUGGGCAACAAGGCUUGGGACUGCUUGUGGACAGGGGGCGAGGGGCGGGGGAUGGACGCGGCGGCGCGGAUGACACCAUGGAAUUUAUGGAGAGUCUGGGCUGGCUAAGCCACGAACAGCGCGAGGCCAUGGCCCAGCAGCAAGGCACCCCCGCGGCCGCCGCCGCAGGCGGUGGCGAGAGCGGCGCCAACACUGCCCCCCAACUAGAGCUUCCAUCGGGCGCUGGCGGCGCUGGGAGCUCCGCCACAGAAGGCCUCGGCGGCGGGGAGCAAGCGGACGGCUACUCGCGCGCACGCCCCCGUGGCGGCGGUGGCGGUAGGCCCGGGGUACCCGGCGGGGUAGGUAGCGGUGGUCGUGGCGGGCAGGGGCCGACCGGGAGGGUAGGCGGCAGCGGCGGCGCGGGGGGGGUGGGACGAGGGAAGGGAGCGACCCCAAGCAAGAGAGAUAGGGACGGAGGACGCGGCGGCGGCGGCGGCGCAGACGGAGGCGGCGGCGGUGGGGGGCGGGGAGCGGGGGCCCAGCAGCCCGGGUUCCGAGGGUAUGACUUCAGCCAAGCCCCGCCGUCGAUGGGUGCGUUCCACCGUGAUGGCAGUGGCGGCAAGCGUGGUGGUGCGGGUGGGGGGUUCAACCCGUUCCUUGCAGCCGGAGCGCCUGGCGCUGGGCCUGCAGCAACGGGUGGAGGGCGCGGAGGUGUUGCGGGCGGGCCCACGGGUUCUGCGGCCUACGGCGGGGGGCGUCAGCAGCAGCAACAGCAACAGCACUGGAGGCCCAGGCCGGACGCCGAAAAGGCCAAGAGCAUGACGUACGGAACGCAGUCGAUGCAGGGUGUGGGGCAGGGGCGAGGAGGGGGUGGGGGGAACGGACCCAGGAGAGGACGCUGAGACGGGGAUAGUCGGGAUGACCCUCUCGAAAGGGCGUCGCCCCCCUCACGAAGCAGUGACGCUCGGACCAACCGCUUCGCUUCGACGAAUUACAACUUUUGGCGCAGAGCAUGUAAUCUCUUGCGGGAAGGCCGUGUCUGUAGGAGAUGGAUGUGUUGGGGCUUGCAACAUGCAGGAACGGGAGCAUAUUGUUGGCCGUUACGUGCCCGCAAAUUUCGCGUUGCUUCUGGUUGAUCAAUAUUUCUUGGGUGGUUCGUGACGUUCGCCAGGAUCGAGGCGUUGCAUAUUGAUCAAGUAGGCUCGACCUCGUGUUCUCUCUUUGCCUCAUCACGGUGCAGCAGUCAUUUUCUCACUAUACCGGUAGCACAAGGGUGCGGGACGACCUACUUCAAGAUUUGAUCCGUGGGUCUGGGUUUUGGAUGCGUGCAGGGAAAUAUAUAUAUAUAGAUAGAGAGAGAGGAGAGAGAGGCAGACAGACAGACAG